AACUGAAAGAAAACCUUCAGUUCCCCCCCCUUAGCCGCGUUUCGUGUUUCCAUAUAUCCGUCGAUACUCGUGGCCCAAAACUAGAACAAACAAAUAUCUGGUAUUUUCGUCGAACACCUCACAGGCACUUUCUUUCUUUCUUUCUCCCCCUCUCAUAUCUUCCCCCAAAUUCACACACUCGCAUGCCAAUUCCUUCAACGAAAUCACACCAAUUCAUCUCGAAAUCAUGAUGUUCUCAAGGCUCGCCCGCUCAAUCGCUCGAUCCUCUCGUUCUAGGAAUGUUUUGAGCGGAAGAUCGCAGAUUUUGACCGUUUCUGUGUAUGAAUCUCGGGUUAAUGGAAACGGAGAUGAAAGUUUGAGGAUUUUGAGGCGGUUUUUAGGUUCGUUAGCGGGGAAUAAAGAUAUAAAUGGUGGUGGAUUGUCGAGUAAGGUGUGUGUUUCGGAUAUAAGUUGUGUUCUUGCAAACCCUAGGUUCAGAAGGUUCUUUUCCAGUGAAGCUCCUAAAAAGAAGAAUUAUGAGAACUUCUAUCCCAAGGAAAAGAAGGAAACUCCAAAGGGGAAUAACCAGAAAUCUGAAUCUAAAGAGGAAUCAAAUGCAGAAGAUGAUGGAGGUUUCUUUCCAAAGCAAUUUCAAUUCCAAAUACCCAUUCCUAUGCUAGUGAUUGGAUUGUUGCUCUUUUCAUCGCUCUCGUUUGGUCCUCGUGAACAAAAACAGAUUAGUUUCCAAGAAUUCAAAAACAAGCUUCUAGAACCAGGCUUGGUGGAUCACAUAGUUAUAUCCAACAAAUCAGUUGCAAAAGUAUAUGUCCGAAACACACCCAGGAAUCAAUCAACUGAUGGCUCUAUGGAAGGAAUCGAUUCACCCGCAAAAGUUAACACAAGCCAAUACAAGUACUAUUUCAAUAUUGGGAGUGUUGAAUCUUUCGAGGAGAAACUAGAGGAAGCACAAGAAGCACUCGGCAUAGAUUCUCAUGAUUAUGUUCCUGUCACAUAUGCUUCUGAAAUGGUUUGGUAUCAAGAAAUUAUGCGGUUCGCACCCACACUUUUGUUACUGGGAUCCCUUUGGUACAUGAGUCGGAGAAUGCAAGGUGGUUUAGGGGUUGGCGGUGGUGGUGGAAAAGGUGCUCGUGGGAUAUUCAAUAUUGGAAAAGCCCAUAUUAAUAAAGUCGAUAAGAAUGCAAAAAAUAAGGUCUUUUUCAACGAUGUCGCUGGGUGUGACGAAGCAAAACAAGAAAUCAUGGAAUUCGUGCACUUUCUCAAAAACCCGAAGAAAUACGAGGAACUAGGAGCCAAAAUCCCAAAAGGUGCUUUACUGGUGGGCCCACCUGGGACGGGGAAAACCCUUUUAGCUAAAGCAACCGCAGGAGAAUCUGGUGUCCCAUUUCUCUCAAUAUCAGGAUCAGAUUUUAUGGAGAUGUUUGUCGGUGUGGGCCCAUCUAGGGUUAGAAACUUGUUCCAAGAAGCCAGACAGUGUGCACCGAGCAUCAUUUUCAUCGAUGAAAUUGACGCAAUUGGUCGAGCCAGGGGUCGUGGUGGGUUCUCGGGUUCAAACGAUGAGAGAGAAAGCACACUUAACCAACUUCUGGUUGAAAUGGAUGGGUUCGGAACCACUGCUGGUGUGGUUGUUCUUGCGGGCACGAACCGUCCGGAUAUUUUAGAUAAAGCGUUGUUGAGGCCCGGAAGAUUUGAUAGACAAAUUAGUAUUGAUAAACCGGAUAUCAGAGGACGUGAACAAAUUUUCCAAAUUUAUUUGAAGAAGCUUAAGCUUGAUAAUGAACCGUCGUAUUUCUCUCAGAGACUUGCUGCUCUAACUCCGGGUUUUGCUGGUGCUGAUAUUGCGAAUGUUUGUAACGAAGCGGCGUUAAUUGCAGCUAGAGGUGAAAAAACUAAGAUAACCAUGGAACAUUUCGAAGGUGCCAUUGAUAGGGUUAUCGGUGGGCUAGAGAAGAAAAACAAGGUUAUAAGCAAGCUUGAAAGGAGAACUGUAGCGUAUCAUGAAGCGGGCCAUGCGGUUGUCGGGUGGUUUUUGGAACAUGCAGAACCUUUGUUGAAGGUGACGAUUGUUCCUCGUGGUACAGCAGCACUUGGUUUUGCUCAGUAUGUACCGAGCGAGAACCUACUUAUGACCAAAGAACAACUUUUUGACAUGACUUGUAUGACUCUUGGUGGCCGGGCUGCAGAACAGGUGAUAUUGGGAAAGAUUUCAACCGGGGCACAAAACGAUUUGGAGAAAGUAACAAAAAUGACAUACGCUCAAGUUGCAGUAUACGGGUUCAGUGAAAAGGUAGGUCUACUCUCAUUCCCACAAAGGGAAGACGGAAUGGAGAUGACUAAACCAUACAGCAGCAAAACCGGUGCAAUUAUCGACACGGAAGUCCGAGAAUGGGUCAACAAGGCGUAUACCCGCACGGUUCAACUUGUCGAAGAACACAAAGAAAAACUUUCCCAAAUUGCCGAACUUCUGCUUCAAAAAGAAGUCCUUCAUCAAGAAGAUUUACUUAAAGUUUUGGGUGAACGCCCGUUUAAAGCGCCUGAAAUGACCAAUUACGACAGAUUCAAGCUCGGGUUUGAAGAAGAUGCGAAAACGGGUCAAGCCGAACAGGGUGGUGGCAGCGGUGAAGACAGCCAGACCCCACUUGAGCCAGAAGUAGUUCCUGCAUAGAAAUGUUGUUAUUUGGAAAAAUUAAGGUUCUUCCUCCCCAUUUGGAUUUGAAAAAGAUUUGGGUGGAGGGUGUCAUAAUUCAAGUUGUGUUAUUUGAUGACGUAUUUGGCUUAAUGCUAAUGAUCCACAAAGAACACAGGAUGUAAAGGUCACGUGCUGCAUUUUAUUUAUAUUUCUCUGAAUAUUUUUUCCUGACUUUGUUGAUUCUGUUUUAGACGUUAAAAGCUAACAGUUUUUUUAUUUCUUUUUCA